CUCUUUGUCUUCACUCUUAACAUUUUAUCAUCUAUUCUUGUGACUUUUGUGGAUAAUAAACCUAAAAAAAGGGUUUAACUUUCACUUUCUUCUUCUUCUUCUUUUUCUUCUAUUCCCUUCAAUCCAUUCUUCGCUGCGCACUCUCAAUCCCUUAUCCAUUAUUAUCAUGGCAUCCACAUUUCUCACUCUACCAACUCCCUUCCUCCACAAAACCACCGCCGCCGCUUCUUUCUCUAACCGGAGACUCCCACUUUUGAAGAACAACUCUUUGAAGGUUAAUGCAAUUUCCAAGACAUGGGAACCCACUAAGGUUGUUCCUCAGGCAGAUAGGGUUCUUAUUCGUCUGGACGAGUUAAAAGACAAAACUGCUGGUGGAAUUUUGUUGCCUAAGUCGGCUGUUAAAUUUGAGCGAUAUCUCGUUGGAGAAGUUCUAAAUGUUGGUGCUGAGGCUGGAGAUUCCGUAAAAGCUGGAUCAAAGGUACUAUUCACUGACGUAAAUGCUUACGAGGUGGAUUUGGGGACUGAUGCAAAGCAUUGCUUUUGUAAAUCAAGUGACUUAUUGGCUGUGGUUGAGUAGGAUUUGGCUACUUUAUGAGACAGAAAGGACUAGCCUUUUUCAUAAUAUAUUUAUGAUGGCAAAUGUAUUAUUAGGUGUAGAAUGAACUGUUUUCAAUUAUUGGUGUUCAAAUUAUCUUCCUAAUAUUACUAUAUUAUAAUAAACAAUUUAGAAUUCAUUACAAUUUGGAAUUCAUUCAUUGAUGUCAUGGAA